AUGGAAAAUAGGAUCCAGCGGAGUGGCAACAUCAUGGACACGAGACGGUCGUUGAUCUCCCUGCGCGAGACAAGUCAGCCGUCCCAUCAUCGCAGUCUUGACGGCAAAAUAGACUCAGGUCUGCUAUCGUUUUGUCUUUGGACGUCUGCUUCAAUAAAAAGUGGACUCAGCUUUCAGUUGUCCUUGUUCGGGGAAGCGGAUAUAACCGAACGUUUUGACGUCCACUUUCUAGCGAGCCUACUCGUUGGUGCUCAGGCCUGUUCUCUUUCUCGUUUGGUUGACUUGUAGCUUUCCUAAAUCCGAACAAACAGUCCGGGCUGGCCGCGUGAAUAAUGCUACGCUGGGAGAUUUCGCGGAGGCAUGGGGAUGGUUGUCGUCAAUUCGCAUGUUGUUUCGAAUGCCUGUCUUGCAUCCACAAGCCGCGACCUUCUUCUCGAAGGCUGUUGUUCUCACACACGCCCUCGUACCAGUGUUUUUUAUCGGCCACUUGCUGAUUCUCACCCGUUCACCGUCUACGUAUUAUAACUUCGGCUCUUUAACUGAAACUGUCUCUUUUUAAACAGUUUGGACCAAUUUUCUGAACAGGCGAGUGCGUACAACAAUUCCCUUCUAGGUAUUAGGAUUAAAUUAAUGCCACCCAGUAUAUAAAGGUGAUUUUCGGUGAUAUCGCUAUGUGAUUAACAUUUGCGGUGCUCUUAACUUAAUUUAGUCACCCAAGUGCAAAUUAAAUCGUGAACUUUGAAGACGUUGUUGCACAAAGUUGCGUUCUCUCUCCCUCUCGAUAAAAAGAAAAAUGCGAGUUGUACUACCUCCUUUCGCUCCAGAAGUCUAACAAGACUUUACUAGAGCGCAGGAUUUUGAAGGUGAGAACUCUGUAUUACUUGACGGACAUUUCCGGCUCUUCCUCUGCCAAUGAAAGAAAACAUACGACCAAUCGGCAACACGUGUUCGCUUUUGUUAACAUCUAACCACCGAACGGAAUUAGCUAGUAAAGUUGGUGAUCGUUACACAGUCUCCUCUUUCAUUUGCGUGCGGCAGUUUAGAUUUGUGAGCGAGCGCAGGAGAGUUGUCAAAGGCACUCGCCUUGCACGUUGGCUCUAAUGAAUAUCACGCAGUCGACCAUAUCCCUGCCAGUUACAAUUCGAACAGUUGUCAGCCAGAUCAGCUACAUCCUCGACCACUCGAAUAAUAAAUAUAAAUUUGCAUUCUCGAGAGGGAGCAUUCUGAGAUAUUCCCGUCAAACAAUUUCUCGGAAUCGAAAGCAUAAUGGCGAAUUUCAGCAUGAAAUCGUUCCAAUUGUGAAGCACAGACAGAUCAAGCUGCCUGUCAAUAACAUCGGGUGACAAAUGGCUAUUAAUGCUAUUAAUUGAGCCACGCCCAGGUAGAGAGGCCGAAAUCUUCCGCCGACCUGGGACUUUUUCGCGUCUUAUCUCAAGGUAUGUUGAAAUUAGUUAAAAUUUUGUACAGAUUUGAUGUCCGAAGUCCAGCGAGAGAUUACCGAUGUAAAGACAAUUUACGGUUAGGGACAGUUUUAAUCCAAUAAAUGCAAAUUGCAGAGUGCGACUAGUAGUCAAUCGAUACAGUCUGGCAAAACUCAAAAGGGAAAUGGCAACCGAUAAUUCUAAAAGAAUAAGCCUGUAUUUACAAAACUUUGUCCAAAAAAACAAUGGCUAAAAGCCCGUGUGUCUUUUAGAAAAGUCUCUUUAAAAAUAUCUUCCACUCAUUUUCAAAUUUGAAGCCAGGGGCUUGAAUUCACGGCCAAAGUUCAAAGAUUUAUUUUAACUACAUCGCCUGGGGGGUUUCUGGAGCAACUGCGGUAGCGUGACGCAUCAACGUAUCCUUCAGCUUCCUGGUUUCGUUUCCUGCUGGGCAUCUAAAUUAGAGAUUGCACUUUUAAAUUUUUCACUAUCAAAAGCUAAAGUGGGAAGAGUUCGUUGAAACUAGGACUCGGUAACGGAGUUCAUGUUUUCGAUUUCAUGAUUCUCGGCCUUUAGACAUAUAGAUAUAGGACUAAGGACGCGCACGAGCAUGCUUUAGUGAUAAAGCGAAAGGACGUAAGAGCGCAUAUCGCCAUGCACAACAUGGAAAAUAGUAAGCAUUUCGACCUUGGACGAUGCCCAAAUGCUCGGUCGAGCGGAAAGCAAAUCGAUGAGAGAGAUAUUCGUAGACCUUUAUCUGCGAAUGUCUCUGAUGAUGGAUUCGAGGGAGAAUCCGAAACGUCAGGCAAAUAAAUUUCUUGUUCCAGUGAUCGCAUCUUCAUCUUCUAUUCGUAGUUUGAUGACCGGAUAUCAGUUCGAUCAGCCGUAGCGUCGACUUGCCAGCGCCAUACGAGGCCGUCAGGGACCAGUUAUGCACGAGAGAAGGGCCAAUGAGAAGCGAGAGUGGUCGACCUAUCAGGCCUGAGCAUAAAAGAUCUAUCUUUGUCUGAUUCCGAUGAUGAUGAUGAUGAGGAGGAGGAGGAGGAUGAUGAUGAUGAUGAUGAUGGUGGUGGUGGUGGUGGUGGUGGUGGUGAUGAUGAUGAUGAUGAUGAUGAUGAUGAUGAUGAUGAUGAUGAUGAUGAUGAUGAUGAUGAUGAUGAUGAUGAUGAUGAUGAUGAUGAUGAUGAUGAUGAUGAUGAUGAUGAUGAUGAUGAUGAUUAA